GCCAGAAGCACACUAGGAGGCCACGCUGGAGUUAGAGUCGCUGAGAGGAACGACCCGACACUGUCGCGGGUCCUUGGGUGUUGCGGGUGUCGCCGGUCUGUAGCUCAGAGGACUUUACCGGGCCACCAAGCAAGGGUGAAGCUGCGAGGGCACCCACUGCAUCUGGGCUGUUGUUUUUGUGUUUUUUUUUCCGGGGGAUUAGGAACGCUUCACAAUGAGGAGCCGGAGUAACUCGGGGGUCCGGUUGGACGGCUACGCUAGGCUGGUUCAUCAAACCAUCCUGUGCCACCAGAAUCCAGUGACAGGCUUGCUUCCAGCCAGCUUGGAGCAGAAAGACGCCUGGGUCCGGGAUAACGUGUACAGCAUCCUGGCUGUGUGGGGCUUGGCUCUGGCCUAUCGGAAGAAUGCAGAUCGAGAUGAAGAUAAGGCAAAGGCCUACGAACUGGAGCAGAGUGUAGUGAAGCUCAUGAGGGGACUGCUACACUGCAUGAUCAGACAGGUGGAUAAAGUAGAAUCCUUCAAGUAUAGUCAGAGCACCGAGGAUAGCCUCCAUGCCAAGUACAACACCAAGACCUGUGCCACUGUAGUCGGUGACAACCAAUGGGGACACCUGCAAUUGGAUGCUACCUCUGUGUACCUGCUCUUCUUAGCACAAAUGACUGCUUCAGGUCAGUAUACAGAGAGAAGAUGGUUACAGAUUUACUUGGUACUAAAGGUAUUUAGGGAUUUCGGGAUAUGGGAACGAGGAGACAAGACCAACCAAGGGAUCUCAGAAUUGAAUGCCAGUUCAAUUGGAAUGGCAAAGGCAGCCCUAGAAGCAUUAGAUGAGCUGGACCUGUUUGGUGUGAAAGGUGGGCCCCAAUCAGUUAUCCAUGUCUUGACAGAUGAAAUACAACACUGCCAGUCUAUUCUGAAUUCAAUGCUCCCCCGAGCUUCAACAUCCAAAGAGGUCGAUGCUAGUCUACUUUCAGUUAUUUCCUUCCCAGCCUUUGCAGUAGAAGAUAGCCAGUUGGUGGAGCUCACAAAACAGGAGAUCAUCACCAAGCUUCAGGGUCGUUAUGGUUGCUGUCGCUUUCUGAGAGAUGGAUAUAAAACUCCUAAAGAGGAUCCCAGUCGACUGUACUAUGAACCAGCGGAGCUGAAGUUAUUUGAAAACAUUGAGUGCGAAUGGCCAUUGUUCUGGACAUACUUUAUACUUGAUGGGAUCUUUUGUGCCAAUGCAGAACAGGUUCAAGAGUAUAGAGAGGCUCUUGAAGGAGUUCUUAUCAAGGGCAAAAAUGGAGUCCCACUUCUGCCAGAGCUUUACAGUGUUCCUCCUGACAAGGUUGAUGAAGAAUAUAAAAAUCCUCACAGUGUGGAUCGUGUCCCUAUGGGCAAGUUGCCUCACAUGUGGGGUCAGUCUCUAUACAUCUUAGGAAGCUUGAUGGCAGAGGGAUUUUUAGCUCCUGGAGAGAUUGAUCCUCUAAAUCGUAGGUUUUCUACUGUACCAAAGCCAGAUGUUGUGGUUCAAGUUUCAAUUCUAGCAGAGACAGACGAGAUCAAGGCUAUCUUGAAGGACAAAGGAAUUGAUGUGGAAACUAUUGCUGAGGUACACCCCAUCAGAGUACAACCAGCUCGUAUUCUGAGCCACAUUUAUUCCAGUCUAGGGUGCAACAGUAAAAUGAAGCUCAGCGGACGACCCUACAGACAUAUGGGAGUCCUUGGAACUUCAAAACUAUAUGACAUUCGAAAAACUAUCUUUACUUUCACUCCACAGUUCAUAGAUCAGCAACAGUUCUACUUGGCUCUGGACAACAAGAUGAUAGUAGAAAUGCUUAGAACAGACCUCUCCUACAUUUGUAGCCGUUGGAGGAUGACGGGGCAGCCUACCAUCACCUUUCCCGUCUCACACACCAUGCUUGAUGAGGAUGGAACCAGCUUAAAUUCAGCCAUCCUGGCAGCACUCCAAAAAUUGCAGGAUGGCUACUUUGGUGGAGCAAGGGUUCAAACAGGCAAAUUGUCAGAGUUCUUGACAACUUCUUGCUGCACAUACUUGAGCUUCAUGGAUCCUGGGCCUGAGGGUAAGCUGUAUGGUGAUGAUUAUGAUGACAGUCAGCUGGAAUUUGGUGACUGGAUGGAUGACUUUGAUUCAACUAGUAAUGCUCCUUGUGGUGAUGAAGUUACUCGUUAUUUAGAUCACCUUUUGGCACACACUGCUCCCCAUCCUAAACUACCCCCUGCCUCACAGAAGGGAGGGCUAGAUCGAUUCCGAGCUGCCGUGCAAACAACCUGCGACUUAAUGUCCUUGGUGACCAAGGCCAAGGAGCUGCAUGUACAGAAUGUUCACAUGUAUCUUCCUAUGAAGUUAUUUCAGUCUUCUCGGCCUGCACUCAAUUUACUUGACUCAACUCAUCCCCUACAGGAUAACCAGGUAUGUUACUGUUGGCUGCUGCAUUAUGGUGUAACUAUUAGUGGUGUGUGGCUGCUGGGUCAUGUCAAAGUAGUUGGCUCUACCAGAGGACCUGAUUGGGAUACGGGAUUGUAUGAUGAAGGGAGUGCUACAGUCAGAGAGCUUCUUACUGAACUAUACGGCAAAGUUGGAGACAUUCGGCACUGGGGCCUGAUCCGAUAUAUAUCUGGGAUCUUAAGGAAGAAGGUGGAAGCCCUUGAUGAGGCCUGCACAGACCUUCUCUCCCACCAGAAACAUUUGACAGUGGGACUCCCCCCCGAACCGCGAGAAAAGACCAUCUCUGAACCUUUGCCCUAUGAAGCACUUACGGAGCUCAUAGAUGACGCCAGUGAAGGGGACAUGAGCAUUGCAAUCCUUACCCAGGAAAUUAUGGUGUAUCUCGCCAUGUAUAUGAGAACGCAGCCUGGCCUCUUUGCUGAAAUGUUUCGACUUCGAAUCGGUCUAAUCAUACAAGUUAUGGCCACAGAGCUAGCCCACUCCCUCCGAUGCUCAGCUGAAGAAGCCACAGAGGGCCUGAUGAAUCUCAGCCCUUCAGCUAUGAAGAGCCUCCUUCAUCACAUUCUCAGUGGCAAAGAAUUUGGCGUGGAGCGAAGCAUUCGUCCCAUGGAUUCAAAUGUCAGCCCUGCUAUUUCUAUCCAUGAGACUGGUGCUAUUGGAGCAACCAAAACAGAACGAGCUGGGAUCAUGCAGUUAAAAAGUGACAUAAAACAGUCACCUGGAACCUCUAUGAUUCUAAGUAGUGGGUCUUUUCCGAGCAUAUAUGAUCAACAGACAUCUGUAGAUAAUCGUCAAGGUCAGUGGCAACGCCGAAGAAGGUUGGAUGGAGCACUGAACAGAGUCCCUGUAGGAUUUUAUCAAAAAGUGUGGAAAGUUUUACAGAAGUGCCAUGGACUUUCUGUGGAAGGUUUUGUACUUCCUUCUUCAACUACUAGGGAGAUGACUCCAGGAGAGAUUAAGUUCUCUGUUCAAGUGGAAUCUGUCCUGAAUCGUGUACCUCAGCCUGAGUACCGUCAGCUGUUAGUUGAAGCCAUCAUUGUCCUUACCAUGCUGGCAGAUAUUGAAAGUCAUAGCAUUGGAAACAUCAUUGCUGUCGAAAAAAUAGUACACAUUGCCAAUGACUUGUUCCUUCAAGAACAGAAAACUCUUGGUGCAGAUGAUAUCAUGCUGGAAAAGGAUCCUGCAUCUGGCAUCUGUACUCUUCUGUAUGACAGUGCACCCAGUGGCAGAUUUGGCACCAUGACCUACCUUUCCAAAGCAGCUGCCACCUAUGUGCAAGAGUUUCUGCCACACAGCAUUUGUGCAAUGCAAUGAGUGAUUUAGGUCUUGCCUGCUGGGAGCCUUUUGGCUGUCGUUCGCUGUUUCGGUUGAUUAUGCAUGGAAAUGAAAUGUUAUUGCCUUAUCACUUCCUACCUUUUUCUAACCCAUCCCUCCUUAGAAAAUAAAAGUAGUCCAAUAAACUAACAUCUUUUGAAGAAAUGAA